CUUUCCUUAAUUUCACUUCCAAAUGGCUUCUCAGACAUUACAACAAAUAUGUUGUGAGCAACCAAACAUGGUCCCAAACAACCUCAAAACUAAUGAUCCCAAAUCUACUCAAGCCACCUCCACUAAUGACGAAGUGGAGGUGGUGGUAGAACGAGCUCAGUGGCUCCGAGCAGCAGUGCUUGGAGCCAAUGACGGGUUGCUCUCAACAACUUCGCUAUUACUCGGCGUUGGUGCAGCUAAGACCGACCGUUGGUCUAUGUCUCUAGCUGGCCUUGCUGGAGCUUUAGCGGGGUCUUGUAGUAUGGCCGUAGGGGAGUUUGUUUCUGUUUCUACGCAACGGGACAUCGAAGAGAAGUUAAUUGUGAGUGGUGGUGGAGAAGAAAGUGGUGUGUCAAUUGUGUUGCCAAAUCCGCACAAGGCGGCCGCGGCUUCGGCUUUGGCGUUUUUGAGUGGCUCGGUUGUUCCUUUGAUACCGGCUGCGUUGAUUGGUGAUCAUGUGACAAGUGUUGUAGUGAUUGUGGCUGUGGCUACUUUGGCCCUGGCCAUGUUUGGCUGGGGCGGUGCUCGGUUUGGUGGGUCGUCGCGGCCUAAGGUUUCGGCGGUUAGAGUUGUGGUUGGAGGGUGGUUGGCUAUGGCUGUUACUUAUGGUUUGCUUAAGCCUUUUGAUAGACACCAUGGGCAUUAGUAGGAUGAACAAUUAAACAAAAUUUUCAAAUAUUCUUAGAGGUUAGAAUCUUAUUAUCAAUGUAUGAUUUAAUUAGAUAAAAAAAUUGUGAUUAAUUCUUGAUUGGAAGAAAUUUCACACUAUUGUGUAACCAAUAUGUAUUUCAUGAUCAUUCUAUAUAUAAUCAAUGAAAUUUUGUUCAUUUUUAUUAAGAAAGGGAA